CCAUUUUCAUUUCUCAAAAUGCCUUCUUCACUUCUUCCACUUCUUACUUUUAUUACAUUUCCUCCGCCGCUACUUUUCAGUCACCACCGGCGAUCAAAAGAAAACCUCCGCCGUCGCCAUCCCCGCCUCCCCUAAUGGCUACCAAGCCUGUUUACUCACUCACGAUUCCCCGAUUUCUUCACGCGUCGUGCAAAAGGCCAUUCGUUUCUUCGUCUUUUGCUUCCUGUCCGUCUGCUUCUAGGCUUCGGUUGAUCCAUUUUGCUGGAAGGAAGGUCUUUCUUCAGCGCAGGUUUCCGGCUCUUCCUUCUCAGGCGAAUACCGAUCAGUCAGGUCAGGUCCGUGAAGAUGAAGUUGAAGACAGUAAGAUCUUACCCUAUUGCAGCAUUGAUGGGAAAGAGAAGAAGUCUCUGGGCGAGAUGGAACAAGAUUUUCUUCAAGCAUUACAAGCCUUCUAUUAUGAAGGAAAGGCUAUCAUGACAAAUGAAGAAUUUGAUAACUUGAAGGAGGAGUUAAUGUGGGAAGGAAGCAGUGUUGUCAUGCUAAGUGCUGAUGAACAGAGAUUUUUGGAAGCUUCCAUGGCAUAUAUUGCAGGGAAACCAAUUAUAUCAGAUGAAAUGUUUGACAAACUAAAGAUGAAACUCAAGGCAGACGGGAGUAACAUUGUGGUUGAGGGUCCACGGUGUAGUCUUCGCAGCAGGAAGGUUUACAGUGACCUCUCUGUUGACUACCUGAAGAUGUUCUUGCUUAAAGUUCCUGCUACUGUUGUAGCCCUGGGAUUGUUUUUCUUCCUUGAUGACUUGACUGGAUUUGAAAUCACUUAUCUUUUGGAGCUUCCUGAGCCAUUCAGUUUCAUCUUUACAUGGUUCGCAGCUUUGCCUUUUAUUGUGUGGCUGUCUUUUUCAAUCACAGGCUUCAUUGUUAAAGAUUUCCUGAUUCUAAAGGGUCCCUGUCCAAACUGCGGCACAGAAAAUAUUUCAUUUUUUGGUACUAUAUUGUCAGUAUCUAGUGGCGGUUCCACCAACAACGUGAAAUGUUCAAACUGUGGGACAGAGAUGGCAUUUGAUUCAAGCACACGCCUGAUUACACUGCCAGAAGGAAGUAGAGCUUAAACAGAUAUUGGCGAAAGACGCGAGUUUCACGCGUAACAAGAUAAUGUAUUUGCACCAAUGCUUGGUAUAUUAGAUAUUGUUAUGUAGAUCUUAUGCAUGCUUUUUCUCAUGUAUAUUCUUUAACACUAUGUUUGGUUCAAGGAAUUUAGAAGAAAAAGAAAAGAAAAUGGUUUUCUCUCAUUUUCCUCGCCGAAAUGGGAGGAAUUUGAUUUUCUCUCCUCUUAAUAUAUUUUGUCUUCUCAUUUCUUUUUUCUUCCACUUUUCUUUUCUUUUCCACUCUAUCCAAACAAGAAAUGUUAUCUUUGAUCUCAUUUUCUUUUCUUUUCCAUUUCAAAAUUCUUGAACCAUAGUGUAAUUGAUCUUGUCUCAUCACUUUGUGCACAUAAGUUAAAAUAUGGAGAAGUCUUGUUGCUCAAAUAUCCCAAUAUAAAUAUAUGCCUUAGUUUGAU